GAAAGGAUAAAACCUGUAAUACGGGGUGGCUGCGCUGCCGCCGGAGGCGACAACGUGUGGAUUACUCAUCCCCCCCUCCAAGUUCCAAGAGGAACCCCCACCCGGCGAUUCCAAAAGAAAAAAAAACCCACUUUGGCCCUUCCACGAGCGCCCACAUUGACUCGACCCUCUUUACCCUCUCUCCCUUUCUCCAGCUCUCUCCACUAACCUCAACGCCCUUGAUUCCAUCGCGACGCGCCUUUGGAAUCUAUCCCAUCCGGCUUUUACGACAGUUUCAACGAUCGCCUUCCACCUGGGUUGACCCGUCUCACCCGCAACGGCCCAGAGCCGCACCCGGUGCGCCCGAGUCACCUUCACAGCGUUUGCGCUCGCGCAACAGUUCGGCUUUCAACGUCGAGCAAUUACAUCGGACUCCCGACAGCCCGCGAUUUGAACGCUUGUUCAUCGUCAACGAACGUUGAUCCAAAAAUCAAAAUGGCCAACUUCAACGGGCGCCGUGCCCCCAACUUUGCCCAAUACCUCGAUGACUUGAACACCAUCCCGUCGCCCUACGACCAGGCUGUGCAGCAGCGCCAGCAGGAGAACACUUUCAACCUCGACGAGGAACUGGCUCUUUUCACCAACACCGAGUUCUUCGAUUUCGACAAGUUCACCGACCUUGGCCUGCCUACCUUCGAUGCCGUCGAUCAGAAGUCUUCCCCCGUCGAGUCCAUCGCGGACCAGUCUACCCAAAAUGCCGAUAUCAAAUUCUUGGAAUUCCUGAAUGAUGGCCUCGGCAACAUGCCCGAGUACCAGCACGAGCUGAAUGGCCUGAACGCGUCGAUCCCCGUGCAACAUGCGCCUUACGCGGCGGUCCCCUCCGUGUCUCACGGACCCGUGGCGGCUAACUCGGUUCCCGCUCAAAAUGUGCCCAUCGUUGCUCCUCCGAGCGUGGCGGCCACACCCGUCCAGAAUGCCCUUUCGCCGGACACCUCUGCCGCUCCCGCCAAGCGGAAGAGCACUUCCAAGGCCUCUCCCACGAGUGCCGAGGAGGCUUCCCGCGUUAUGGCCGAGGAGGACAAGCGUCGCCGCAACACCGCUGCCAGCGCUCGCUUCCGUGUGAAGAAGAAGAUGCGUGAGCAGGCUCUGGAGCGUAGCCUCAAGGAGACCAACGACAAGAACGAUGCCCUUGAGGCUCGCGUCUCCCAGCUGGAGCUGGAGAACCACUGGCUCCGUGGUUUGAUCAUGGAGAAGAACGGCACCAAGGAGCGCAAUGAGGCCUCUGAGAAGGCCAUCUCUGACAUGUUCAAGAACUUCCUGGCCUCGCGCAAGACCGAUUCAAGUCUUUCCGAGUCCAAGCACGGCGUUGGCACUUUUGCCUAGUCGAAGAAAUAAAAUAAUCAAGAAAAAAAAAACAAAAAAAAGAAAACACGCUUUCCCCGCAGUCUGAUUCAUGCGCUGUUGUUUUGUCCCCCCCUGCUGCCUUCGACGAUGGGAAUGAUUCAGGGGAGCGAUCACUCUAGUGAUAGCUUCCCCAUCCCACUGCUCUUUUGUUUCUUGUCAAUAUUCUAUGAGCGACUUUUGUUUUGAAUUUUUUACUUUGUGGUAUGCCAUACUAUUUGGCUGCUGCAGAUGAAGGUGGCAGAUGACUAUGAGUGAUGAUUCUACACAGUGCAGUUUUUUGAAUAGACACACUUUACUCUUUAACUUUG